CGUUUCGUGAGACGGACGUCUACGCCGCGUAGCACCGCGAGGUUAACAGCUACGUGCUACUCGCUACGACGUGCUCAUAAAUUCACUUGAACGCUAGAAAAUUGAAUUUCAAAAACUCAUCUGUUAUCUCUACUGAUUCAAGCCACGAAUUAUUCGCAAGUGUUGUGAACGUGUUAGUUUUUUCUGAUUUACUUUAUGAACGUCUAACAUGCUAGUAGACUAUAGAAAUAUGAAGACUUCUACGGCACUAAUACUGCUCCUACACUUAUCACUCCAUACGGUCGACGAGGGCCAUGCCAUAAAUCCGGGUUGCACUUGCAUCCGCUUUACAUCGACGUAUGGCAAGGAGCGUGGCACAUUCAGCAGCCCCGACUACCCACGCCCCUACCCUGCUAGACUCGACUGCCUCCUCUACACAUUCCUCGCCGCGUCUCACGAGAUCGUCGAAAUCAUCUUUACUGAUUUUGACAUCUAUAAAGGACAUCUUGAUUGCACCCAAGGAGACUUUCUCAAGGUCUACUCCGAAGGUGGAACCCACGGUCCUGGACCUCCUGGCGUCAAUGAAUAUUCAGCCUGGUCAAGAGCUCUAUGUGGAAGUAGAAUGGACGCUCCACCAGCUCUUUAUUCUCAUGGACCAUUAUUGGUACUGGAGUUGCACACAGGAGACAAGGAGACCAAUGCUACGGGAUUCAUUGGAACUUAUAGAUUUAUUGAUAGACGAAACUUCGAAACAGACGGAGUACAAGUUGCAGAGACAUGUGACUAUAUCUUUAGCUCACAACCAAAUCGACCUGCUCACGGUCGACUAUAUAGUCCAAGAUAUCCAUCUAGCUAUCCCAGCAAUGUGAGGUGUACUUACCAUUUCACGGCUCGACAAAACGAGCGGAUAAAGUUAGUUUUUGAAGAAUCGUUCUUACAGAAAGGGGAUGUAAGUUGUUUAAACCGUGCUGAUAUUAUAAAGGUGUUUGAUGGUAGAGUGGCAACAGCACCUGUAUUGGCAAUGCUAUGCAAUGAAAUUGUAGGUUACGAAAUUCUAUCAACGGGGCCAGAUCUUCUUGUCCAGUUUACUGCAAAUUCAGAUAAUCCUGGUCAGGGGUUCAAAGCCAGCUACCUGUUUCAGCCGGACGACAAUUCUAGUGCAGACGCUGAAACCAACAAGAAGACGUCAGAGGCAAUAUCCGGCUUAGGACCGGCAGUGAGUGCUGCAACGUCGUCCUGCCAUCAAGUAUUCAGAAGCGAUAAGAGCAAGAGCGGGAAAUUGGUGUCUCCCCUAUAUCCCGCGCCAUAUCCACAGAAAACGCAAUGUCACUACGACUUUCUAGCGAGAGGACGGGAGCGAGUCCGAUUAGUCUUCGAAGACUUUAGUCUGCAGAGAUUAACUGGAAACAUUAUAGACUGUGAGAGUAUGGAUUCUCUAGACGUAUUUUUGUACGUAGACGGGAGACUAGAGAAAAUGGCAUCUUUUUGCGGGAACGAAAUACCAAAGCCAAUAAUGUCGAAUGGACCAAAAUUAUCGAUCGAGUUUCGAGGGAUAUACUCGUCGAGACAUAGUAGGGGAUUUAAAAUAUCCUACUCUUUUGUUGAAGAUUACGGGAUUGCAACGGGGACUCAACUUUUGGAAUUUCCAUGUGCCUUUGUAUAUAAUAGCAGUGAAAGUGGAAGGGGAGUGGUGACGUCACCAAACUAUCCUGGUUUGUAUCCUCGGGAUACGGAGUGUAAUUACUUCUUCUAUGGGAAUACAUUUGAAAAAGUCCACCUGCACUUUACGUACUUCGACGUGGAAGGUGUGGUUCCGUAAGUAGUUAACUUAGUUCUCAAAACAAUACUCUGACA